CUGGUUCCCUCCCUCAGCAACUUCCUGCUUAGCGCCGCCUCCGCAAUCUGCUUCCGGGGCAUUGUCGGCUCGCGCUGGUCUUUGGCCGGCUCCGCGGCGGCCGGGAGCAGCGGGGAUCAUGGCUCGAAAUGCAGAAAAGGCUAUGACGGCCUUGGCAAGAUUUCGCCAGGCUCAGCUUGAGGAAGGAAAAGUUAAGGAACGAAGACCUUUUCUUGCAUCAGAAUGUAAUGAGUUACCUAAAGCUGAGAAAUGGAGGCGUCAGAUUAUUGGAGAAAUUUCCAAGAAAGUGGCACAGAUUCAAAAUGCUGGUUUAGGUGAAUUCAGAAUUCGAGACUUGAAUGAUGAAAUUAAUAAACUCCUAAGAGAAAAGGGACACUGGGAGGUUCGGAUAAGAGAGCUGGGAGGUCCUGAUUAUGCAAGAGUUGGUCCUAAAAUGCUAGAUCACGAAGGAAAGGAAGUUCCAGGAAACAGGGGUUACAAAUACUUUGGAGCCGCUAAAGAUUUACCAGGUGUCAGAGAGCUCUUUGAAAAGGAACCCCUCCCUCCUCCAAGGAAGACUCGAGCUGAGCUCAUGAAAGCGAUUGAUGCGGAGUAUUAUGGCUACAGGGAUGAAGAUGAUGGUGUCUUGGAGCCAUUGGAACAGGAACAUGAAAAACAAGUGAUAGCAGAAGCAAUGGAAAAAUGGAAAGUAGAGAGAGAGGCACGACUUGCAGGAAGUGACAAGGAGGAGGAAGAGGAAGAAAUAAACAUCUAUGCUGUCAAUGAUGAUGAGUCUGAUGAAGAAAGCGGCAAAGAAAAAGAAGGUGAAGAAGGCCAGCAGAAAUUCAUUGCUCAUGUUCCAGUGCCAUCACAACAAGAGAUUGAGGAAGCUCUUGUCCGGAGAAAGAAGAUGGAGCUUCUCCAGAAGUAUGCUAGUGAAACUCUCAUGGCACAGAGUGAAGAUGCUAAAAGACUUCUAGGAUUGUAGUAUCUCACUCCUAGGACUGUUGUCUCCUACCAUUGGAGGGGGGGGGGGAGAGGGAGUUUUACAAUCCAUCCGAACAGCAAUUAUUUUGAUCCCUUUUAAAUAUAGACUAAUAUAGACUCAGCAGCAACUGAGUCUCUGCUAAUGCUAAGAAUAAAAGAUUAUCUUCCUACAGCUUAUUUCCCACAUAGGUUUGUCCUCUCCUCUAUCUCCACUCUAAGGAAUGUAUUUAUUGUCCCUCAGGAUACGUCUAGACUGGCGUGUUUUUCCAGGAUACCAGCGGUAUCCCAGAAAAACUCCACUGCAUCCAGAGAACAUGUUUGCUCUUCUGCUUUUUUUGCGGAAGAGCAAACGCGCUUUUUCGGGGAGCCCUGUAUACCUACUUCUAUGAGGAAUAAGGGCUCCUCCGAAAGAGGAGGCUUUUCCGCCAAAUAGCGGAAAAGCCUCUUGGAAAAGCAAUUAAAAAAGCUACGCAAGUUGCAGAGCACAAUUUGUGUCGCUUUUUCUGAUGAAGGACUGUAGUCUAGACCUAGCCUUAGUUUAAUUAAAAAAAAAAAAAAAAUCAGCAAAACUAAGAAGUCCUCUUUCUUGUUUUCAUUACCUCCCCUCUUCCCCGGCUUGCAUUCAUUUCCCUUUCUCUGUAGAUGGAGAAUAGGGGUAGAAAAGCAAAUCAAAGAAUUUCCUCCUGCAGCCAGAGAAGAUGCCUUAGGAGUGACAUGACUGGCAAAUAUUUUUUUAUUCCUUCACAUUCUGACUAUUAAUUCUGCUCCAUGAUUGCUCUCCUAUAGUGAUGUUUAGGUGCAGGUCUACUAAUUAUAAACUGUUAAAAUAGCCUAUAACCUGUUAAUCUGAGAUGGUUUGAAAACAGCUUCCACGGCUAGUUCCUACACUUGAGAGAAAUCACUCUCAAAUUCUGAAGAACUCUCAACUAUGUGCCCAAACCGUGCAGUUUUCUUGUAGUCUAUGUAAAGCUUUUCUCCUGUUAUAAUUCAGCCUGUUCCUGGAUGGAUUGCUGGAGUGCUGGAUAUUUCAGCAGUUACUGUAAAUACUUUUUCACCUUUUCUAAUGAGUUACUCAGAUCUUUUUAAUAAAGCAUUUUAUACAAA